UUCUGCAUCCCUUGGAUGACUCCCUGCUCCAGCAAACCAUGUGUUUGUGUGUUUGAGUAGUGCUGUCCACCAGAUCGUUUCACUUAGAUAACACUAAUUCAGGAACAGGAGGAGUAGUGCGAAAUUGCUUUUAAAAAGGAAACAAAACAAAACAAAACAAAACAAAACAAAGUAAGAGAACUAUUCGGGGGGGAAGUGUUCGGGCAGGAAGUGUCCCGUGCAGAACGGCAGGAUUAUCUCAGGUUUCUCUUUUCCUAGGAAUGUAGUAACUUCCCCGUGGGUUGUUUUGUGGGCGGUGUUUUUGAAUUUAUGCUAAUUCAGCUUCGCCGACAGGGAGAGGAGCCGUGUCUCGGUGCCACAGCUCUCCUGACAGCCGGCAGUGGCGGGCGGCCGCCGGGCCGGGCCGGGCCAUGGUGUGACAGGGCCACUCGCCCUCCCGCCGGUGUCGCCAGCAGCGCGGCCGACAUGUGCCUAUGACCAUGGAGAUGAAGGACUCGGGCAGCGUGGUGCUGACAGCCUACCAUCCCCACAGCCCGGCCAGGAUCCCGGGCAUGGAGCAGAGCUUCGUACAGGACAUCCCCCCCAGCCAUUCGCCCACCAGCAGAAAGUCUCUCUCUCGUUGUCGAAGAAUUAACAGGAUGCUUUCCAACGAGUCAGUACCUCCUGCCUUCAGUCGCUCCAAUUCUCAGGCCUCCAUGGACAGCACUUCCAUGGAGGACUUCUGGUGUGAAGUAGCGAGCAUCAAAGAGAGCAGAGAAGAUGGAUCUGAAGAAGCAAUGCUCUUGGAGUUCAAACCUGCUGAUGAAGGGGAACUGGAGGCAGAAUGGCUGCAAGAUGUAGGUUUAUCCACGUUGAUCUCAGGAGCUGAAGAGGAGGAUGGCCAAGCCCUGCUGUCCACUCUGACCAGAACUCAAGCUGCUGCUGUACAGAAGAGGUACAACACCUACACUCAGACCCUGAGGAAGAAGAACAAGCACACAGUCCGGGAUGUGAGAGAUAUCUUUGGCACCAGUGACUCUUCUCCCACAUUUGAUACAGUUCCAGUGUCACCAGUAUCUUCUAAUGGCAUCCAGCUCCCUGGGCAGAAGCCAGUUUGGAAAUCAGUUAGCUCUAAGAGCUGUCUAGACUGUGGAACAGAUAAGAGCAGCCCAUCCAUAACAGAAGAGCUCUCCUAUGAUGUCUCUUUCUCAGAAUCCAUUACAGUCCUUCCAAAAACCCAAGAGUGGCCAAAAAACCAGAGGUUCAAAAAGGAAGACUCAGCUUUGCCAAAAUUCAUUGUUCGGAAAAGCCGUUUUGGACUGACAGAGGUCGGGGACCUCUCUCCCGAAGACAUGAAGAAGAUCCGCUACCUCUCCCUGAUCGAGCUCACAGCCUUCUACGACGCACUGGGCGUGGAGCUGAAGAGGAACCGCCUGGAGAGGGUGCGGGGACGAGAGAAUGGUCUUUUCGGAGUUCCUCUCACCGUACUGCUGGAGAAUGAUCAAAAGAAGGUUCCUGGAACAAAAGUGCCCCUUAUCUUCCAAAAACUGCUGCUCAAGCUUGAGGAAACAGGUUUGGAAACUGAAGGAAUUCUGCGGGUUCCUGGAUCUGCCUCCAGAGUCAAGAAUCUCCAUCAAGAACUUGAAGCAAAAUUUUAUGAAGACACCUUUGACUGGGACCAAGUACGAAAUAACGAUGCAGCAGGACUGCUAAAAAUGUUUAUAAGAGAACUCCCAAGCCCACUCUUCACAGUAGAAUAUCUGCCUGCAUUCAUCAUGCUAGUAGAAAAAAUCUCCAAGAUCAAGUUACAACUACAAGCUUUGCAUUUGUUGAUCAUGCUGAUGCCUGAAGCCAACAGAGACACAGCCAAGGCCUUUCUUCAGUUCCUGAAGAAGGUGGUUGCUAAUGAAGGGAAAAACAAGAUGAAUUUAUGGAAUGUGUCUAUGAUUGUUGCGCCAAACCUCUUCAUCUACAAAGGGAAACGUGCAAACCAACAAGAAAUGCAAGCAGCCGCCACCACUGCGCACAUUGUGCGGCUUUUAAUCCGGUACCAGGACAUCCUGUGGACAGUCCCAUCCUUCCUGAUUUCCCAAGUGAGAAAAAUGAAUGAGGCAGCAAUGAACAACAGCAAGAGACAACUAAUGUUUGACAAAGGAGUGAGAAAACUUUUGAGGAGAAAGACUAUGGAACGGGAGAGACCUGAAAGACCAGAGUCUGACAUACCGGAGGGAGUGAUAAGAGUUUAUGCUCCACUGCAUUCAAAAGUCUCUAUGGCAAUUCAACUCAACAGCCAAACAAAAGCCAAAGACAUCUUGGCUCGAUUCCACUGUGAAAACAGCCAUGGAUCAUCACAGAACAUGAGAGGCCAUAUCCAAAGUUUACAUGAAAUUGGAGGAAAUAUAGGUCAGCACUGUCUGGAUCCAGAUGCAUUCAUGCUAGAUGUCUACCGUGCAAAUCCUCAGGCAGAAUGGGUGAUAAAACCAAAAGCCAGCUGAAGCAGAUGGCAGCAGUAUACUGGACAAAAGCCAAAUGGACAGGAGUGAUGCCUGUCAUUUUAAGCAGCUCUUGCAGAGACAUAACAAAAUGGUAUCCACAGGACAUCAUUCCUACCUACUGUACUGUCCAGCUGAUGGUCAGCACAUAGUACUUUUGGUAUUCCAGCUACCAAAGCAUCGGAAAAAUAUCAGUUAUGCUUUCAUAUGGAUUACACUUGUGCCAGUUGGCCCAGGAGGUGAGGAGGGCAGACCAAGGUACGGUGUUCGUUUCCUGACCUGGUGUUAGAACAAUUUUUGGAAAUAAUGCAGUGGCAUCAGAUGAAUGAAACACUACUGACCACAGCAUGACACAGAAGCAUGACAGACACUGGAGAAGGGAAGAUGUCUGUCAGGCAUGGAAGGCGGGAUCUCAACAUGCAGCAGUGCCAAGACAGCUGUGUGAAAACCAAACCCUUCUCCUGAAAGUAAACCCAUACAGUGUGUGUUACUGCAAUGCUUGUGUCUCUCAGUCGCUCCUCAUGAGUACCUGAUGCUGGGGGAGGGAGGCAGGAGGAGGAACUACAGACAGCUGUACCGCUCAGUGUACGUACCACUGUAUAUCUCACUACCAGUCUUCCAAAAUCAUCUGUCUGGAUCCCUCAGCUGUGUGCAAUUGUAAUGCCACAAACCACACUCCCCUCCCUUCUCCUGUCACACAAGUUUAAGGAGACAAAGGGUAGGUGAGGAGGGGAUAUGCCCCCAGCUCUGCCUUUUACUUGAUACUCUCAGAACUAAAUCUGUGUAAUGCCAGAUUAUGAGAUGAGUUAAUGGUGCCACUUACAGUCAUCACCAUUUUUGUUAAUCAUUAUAUUUUCUAAUUUGUAACCUAAUUCUUUUUAUUUUGUUUAUUUUAGCUUUAAUAUGUAAGCAAUUUUUAUACUCUUCAGCUGCAUCAACAAGAGAGAUCUUGUUCAGGUCUUGGAUAAUACAGCAUGGAGAAGCCACUGGGCUUCCAAUGAGAAAAGGGAUUUAAUAAUUUACACAUUAGGUCUUUAAAACCACAGCCAAUCUAGGCCCAGUUGUGCUGGAGGUUUUACAGUACAUAGCAAAUUGCAGCUGGCAUGAAGUCUAAGCAAACACACAGGCUGACAAGAGACUAGUGAGCUGCCACUGAAUUGGAAAUGUCAGAUAGGUUGUCUCAUUUGGAGCUAGUCACAAGAGCAGGUGGUGUCAGUCAUCUCACUUUGGGCUGUGCUGAACUAAAAGAGGUUUGCUGAGUAAGGAAAUCACAAAUCUCUGGACAAGAGCCAGUUGUUUUUUAAUCUGUGUCAUAUGCAAUAAGUGGGAACCAAUGCCUUCAACUGCACUGCACUGCCCCCAUCAUUAGAUGAUGAUGUUACACAAUGAAACCACCCUCAGCCUGAGCAAUGAUUUUUGUUCCUGAUCUGGACACAGGGAUGAGGCAGCAGCUCUGUUUAUUAUCUAGCAACCUAGAAGCACUCUGAACUAAGUCCUCCAGGUGAACUGGAGGUAAAUAAAGUCUGCUGUCCUGCUGUCUGUAACUUGUGAUGCUCUGCUGAAGCUGUGCACUGAGGGUCUGAACCAGAAGCAGACCCUCUAAAAUGUGUCAAGUUAAUCGUGAUCUCUUUUAUUGUUAGCAGUCAGUGAAAGAAGUCAACAUUGAAUCAGUAACUUUAUAGCAACAAUAAUGUCUACAGAGGGCAGAUCCUGUCUCCUUUCUUAUCUUCUUGAUAAAAAAUGAACAACAUUUUCUUUAAAACAGUGACAUUUUAAACUUCCUAGUUGUUUUGGCAGGUUUUUUGUUUUGUUUUGUUUUUUUGUUUUGGGUUUCUUUGUUGUUGUUCUUGGUUUUUUGAGUUUUUUGUUUGUUUGUUUGUUUGUUUUGUUUUGUUAUUCCAUUUUCUUCUUAACACUAAAGGAGACACAGUUGCAGCCAGGAAAAAAACAGGACAAUUGUAUUAUAAAAUACACUCCUUCUUUUGACAAUAUUUAUUUUAAGUAUACAAGAGAUAGUAGGUCUGUGGCUUGUUUGUAGGACUAAGCAUAAACAUUUUGUCUUGUGCUUUGUUCCUGAUACCCUUUAGUUCCCUCUGUGGCAAUCGACAGCUCUUUCUGCUUAUGCUGCCCUUGAAUGUAAAGCCCCAGCUGUAAAGCAGGACUAGUACUUUCUAUAUAAAGGCAACAUGAGAAUUAAUUGAGUUAAAUUCUACUCUCAGAAACAGUUCCCUGAGCAGAUCAGGAGUAAUGAACAUCCAUCUGGGAAGAACAAACUCAGCAAAGGCUUUUUAUGUGGAAAGUGCUUUGAAUAUAAUCAGAUAAAUGCUAAGUAUCAUUGUAUCUAUAGCAAACUAAAAGGCAUUCUGUGACUAUACAGAAAGCAUAAACCAAGGAAGUAAUUUGAAGUGUCAUAGCAAAUGAGCUAACUUCCUACAGUACUUUCAGACAAACGCAUUGACCUCCUCCAUCUUGCCCACUCACUUCACUCUGUGCUCUCAAUGGCUGUGCAAGGGAAAGGACAGAGCAGCCCUGUGUUCAUGCUGCAACUUGCUCAGCACGUUCUGGACCUCAUCAAUGUUAUUUCUGAAAUAGAUCUCCCUGCAUUCUGUAUAGAAUAUAAGGGGGUUUUGUACCACUUUUACCACUUCACAACUUAGGGACGUCAAAUAUGAUAUAACAUGCUGUGAGCUCUUGUUUUAUGCUGAAACUGCUUAUAAGACAUGCAUAUUAGCAGAUGAACUGGAUUAUACAUAGAGUGGCCAAAUACCUCCUGUCUCUGAAACAGAAUGUCAUAAUUCUCUUUUGAUACAAAUGGCCCUAAUGACCCAUGUGUAGUGAGUGGUUAAUACCGUUCCACAUUAAGUUGUUUUGUAUUGUUUUGGUACACUAACUUGAUUUAAUAUGCAGCAGACAAAUGGAACAAGCUCAAUCACAUUUUGAAAUAUGAGGUCCCAACUUUAGGUCUUAUAUUUCAAGAUACUGGUUGGAGGCAUGAGGAAUUUUGUUUCUCCUAACAGAAUAUGAAGUCAAAACUAAGCUGCAAGAGGAUUGUCACCUAACAAAAAGUAACAUAUGUGGAAAGCUAUUAGUAAGAAAGUGGUAGCAAGCAGAGAGAAAUUUGCUGAAAUUCCAAAGAUGCCUCAAGCAUUUAUAUACUCCACGGUUCUACAAGGACAGCAUUUUGCAUAUCAACACAUAGAGAGAGAGUAUUGUAAAAAGCAGGUGUUUCAAAACAGACUGGAAUGCUUUAACCUGCAUAUGCAGUGAAUAUCAUUAGAAAGUCUGUGUGUGUGCAAAUGUGUCUGUGUCCAUGUAUAAUAUUAACUACCUCACUCUGCAUUUUCCAAGAAAAAUAUUUUGGCUUAGACAUUUACUAUUUAAUCUAUUAUCAAUUUACAUUAAUGCUGACAAAAUUUUUUUUGUAUGAGGCAAGAUUUGAAAUUACAAAAGAAUAUAUAGUAAAAUACGUAUUUCGGCAUAUGGAUGAAAUUUUAUCUAAAACAUGUUGCCUAAAUUAUGCUUGUAAUGUGAACCUUGUAAGAUCAAAUGUUGGGGUUAAUAGACAAUGAAUACAAACACACUGUGUUUCAUUUUUAUUUUUCAAUGGGUUUCUAUUAAUGUGUGUCUUCUCUGAAAAAUAAUACAAUGCCACUAAUUGAAGUGAAGUGUUUGUAUGUUUUCCUCACAAUCCUCAUUAAGUUAUGUGUUUUGUUGAAGUACGCCAACAUGUAAGUGUAUUUGUACAGCAGUGUGUCCACUGUAUUGUAUCCAUGUCAAAAAUAAAAACAAUACAACAAA